UUCGGUGGUAACGCGCCAAGAAGGCGUAUCCCAUUGAUGCAACAGAAGAGGUUGGUUCGCGACGGUGUCUCGAGCGGCGUAUGUGAACGAUGGCGUGUCGCUUUGAGGAAAAAAAAAAAAUCAUGAGCCAUUCCACUCUGUGAAGGUGGAUGACCUGCGAAGCUGUUUAGCACGUAGGCGCGCCACUGGAAGCCGCGUAGCGGCGGCCGUUGGAACCGCAGGCGGGCCUCGUGCGCAGAGGUGAAGUGCGUGCAUGCGAUUUGCCGCUUGUGCGCGUACCGGAUAGUUACUUCUGCGGUGACAGUGUGUGCAAGGGAAUCGCACUGUGUAAUAGUGGACGUGUGUCCGACGUCACGGCUGUCCGGGACGCGACUUUCCAAUUGCUAGUAGGUACAGCUGGGGCGUGGCACUGCGGGUCACGUGACUUCCGCUUAACACGUCUUGUCAUGGCAAUCGUGGAGCUCCUAGGCACUGCGGGUCACGUCCGGGACGACAUUGUCUCCAUACGCGCCAAGUGUUUGCCGCAGACGAGCAUCGACAAGCUUGCCUACGAUGUGGAGCUCAUCGCAAGCCACCUGAAAGCCGUCCUCAAGACCAUGGUGAUUAGGGACUCUCCAGAGUGCUACAUUAACCAGGUUAGGUUCCUUUACGACGCUGUCCAGCCGCCUGACAUGGGGCUGAAAUGCGGCAACUUCUUCAAGCUUGACACGCCGCUCGUUGUGACGAUGGCUGGCGCAAUAAUCACCUUCGCCGUCAUUCUCGUACAGACGGUGGACCAAGCUCGAAACUAGCUUCAGUUAUUACAAGACGUUGCGCGAACGCCUGAUGUCACAUUUCGUCCGAGGCGACAGCGCUUUUACUGAUAUUUUUUUUUGUCUUGCCACACUUCUCUGUGCUAACGAUAUUGAAAUUUUGCAAGCGUCUGCACGUGUACACUAGCGUCUACGUAUAUUUUCGAACUUCUCGACCAAUGUCCGCUCGUAUAUGAAAGGCGCCGUCAAAGCUGUUUUUCUCCGCAACGUAAAUAUUUGUGGGAAAAAACACCCGUCUUCAAUUUUCGGUUGUCAAUAAGCGACUACCGUGCUCACAAUGACUCUUUGUUUCUACAAAAGCACACUUGCUAAACGUAUCUGCCAGCACUGCGCCUGUAACGGUA